AUGGAAAAGUUUGUCGAGGGCAAUGCGUGCCGCAGCUGGGCGCUCGGCAAGUUGCUAGAUCCCCGCAUCGCGACAUGCUUUGCUGCCGGCCAGCCGCUUUGUGAUGUAUGCGCAGGAACAGCACAGCGCCUGGAGCCAGCAAGAGCUGCACGCCAGCAGCGCGCUGCCCAAGCGUUGAGUGUGGCGCAUGUGGAAGCAGAGCCCGAGGCGAUGGCGGAGGAGGAAGAUGUGUUGUCUGAGCCACCUGCAGCACGGCUCGAGGAAGAAGAAUCGAUCGGGCCAGGGUCCACCUUGGAUGUAACUUUAGCAUCGGACGUUGACACGGCAGCAUCCCCAGGACCAGCUGCCGUUGCAGCGCAGUCGAGCAGAAGCACUCCACGUGCCCAAGACACGGCUGUGGUGGCGACAAAUGGAGGGCCAAUGACGGAUGCUGCUGUGCCACGGAUACAGACGAGUGCUGCUUGGAUUGAUGAGGCAGAUACAGCAUCCAUGUCGGUGCCAGCUUCACCCAUGGUCUCUGAUGUUGAUGACGAGGCGCCUUUACAGCAAGACGCGCGUGGCCCGGCGCAAACCACGAUGGCAGAGGACGAGAGCACGCCACAGCCAGUCAUGCAGUCAGCAGCACAGCCAACCCCCACGAAACACGCGCCAACCCCGUCGGCCUCGAUCAUUUGCGUGCCAGUACCAUCGGCCUCGGGUUCAACCUCCUCUCCGGCGCGAUCGGCUGCAAGCUCAGCCUCGGGUACACUGCGGCGUAAGCGAGUGCCGCUGGCAGCUGAAAGUACAUCUACCCCUUGGUCUGACGAUCAUGACGACGAUGGCAACGGCAUUGCUACCAGCCCUGCUCCCUCAACAUCCAAGCGAACGGCAUCGGAUGUCACGUGCACAGCUGCUGCUUCUUCAACAGCGGCGCAAGCAGCAGAGUCGCCUCUUCCCGCAGCAAAACGAGCAGCAUCAAGUGGCACGCGCACCGCUACCAUUGCCGCUACUGCUACCACUCGCUCUGAAGCCACGGUAUCUGCUGCGGCUACGCCACCGAAUCGGCACAACGUCGCGCCAAUAUUUCGGCCGAAAUCGGGGACAAAAAAAAAAUAUCUGAUGAACCACGCGGCGGCUGACAAGUUUAUUGGCGUUCUGAAGUUGAUGGAUGAUUACUGCAUGCGAUGUACCAUUCGACAGGCGAAACCCGUCCUGAAGGCCGAGCAUCAAUGCGUAUCUAAUCGUGGUUGCAAGCGGUGUCACUUCGAAGGACACGAGACAAGACUUAAAAAAUGUUCCGUGCGCCUCGUAUACCCCGACGAAACGUGUUGCUACGCUUGUGGAAUGCCAAGGAUGAUUCGUGGAUGGGAUACACGGAAUCACCGUUGCAGGCAGUCUCAAGGACUGGAUUCGGGCCUGAGCUGUCUCCUCCUUUAUUCGGACUGUCAUCCGGGGCUGCGCGACCUGGCAAAACGGAUGGGCUACAACUUGAGGACGCGCCACGAUGAAGCGGGCCAUGGGCGGCGCGCGCUCCUGGUGGUGCGUUGUCGUCGUUGUGGGGCGACGGGAUGCGCGUCCAGUUACGAUCGUGCAGCGUACCUUCGCAGUCAUGCUAAGACUGCGCAUAAAAUGCCUGACGCUGGUGCACCGGCGCGUCUGAAGGCACGCACGCGUGUGCCAAAACGUGAAGUCAACCUCAAUCGACAGCACGGCGUGGCCGGGGCACAAAUGUUCAUGGCCGACAUUGAGUGCCUUGUAACCUCUGCAUUUGCAUCACUAGUUUGCACGCGAUGCGGCCACGUCCUCAGUGGAAAUGUUCCCUAUCAUCUGCUCAAGAAACAUCAUUUACGUUGCACCCAAGAGGACAUUGAUGCUGCCACAGCACUCCUGCGUCCACUGCAGCCCGAGGGGCCUUUGAUGGACACUGGCGCAGGAUCCAUGCCUUGUACACCUGCGGAAGGCAUCCCCAUUCUGGACGGUGUGGGCUGCCCCCUGUGCCGAGCAUGCUACACGUCAAAAAAUAGCCUGCACUGCCACUUGCACACCGAGCAUGUUGGUGACCCCGGUAUCAAUCAGCCACCUCGACGCGUCAAGCUGCAAAAGCCGUUGCGCGGUGCCGGAGCCCGCUGUAUCGAGGUCAUUGUCGAAGAUGGCCACGAUGCCUCGGCAGCCGACGUCAGCGAAAACGAGGAAGAGCUGGAGGAGCAGCAGCGGUUCAAGCAGCUGAUCUCCAGCACCCAGGCCAUGGCGUCAGAGGCUGAGGAGAAGCGCUGCCCGCACGGCGUUCACCAGAUGCACCCGUUCUACGAUAGUGUGGGCAUGACGCUGAUCCUGAGCGAGCUGACCCCAGAGCAAAUUCUCAAGCUGGGCCACGACACCCCACCCGCACCACUCGUGUCAGGCAUGCACGAGCUCUUGUGGGAGGCCCACGAACAAUUGUCCCAGCACAGCCUGGCGGCUGCUUCCGUGGCGUCCUUGUUCGAAGAUGAAGAGUUGCAAGUUGAGCCACAAACUUUACCCCAAGUAUCUCCUGGCACGAUGAGCAGAUACCUAAACAUUGGAGCGCGGUUGGUGCAUUUUAUACUGCUACUGGACGCACUGCCAGCCCCCGAGCCAUCCAGCUUUUUGAGCCAGGUGCUCGCCAGUCGUGGGGAGGCCAUAACUACAGCUGCUUUGGCCGUGCAAGACGCGCUGGAUGCGGGACUGAGCGGGGAGGAUCUUGUCGAGCCCUUGGCAGCACUGUGGCUGGCACUGGUGAAUGCAGAGCUACAUCUGUUUGACAACGACAAGGUGCACUUUGUCAACGUGUUUUUGUUGUGCACGGCCGUGUCCAAGGGAAGCGGUGUCUUGCAGGACAUCCGGCGCUGGACCACAACGCUGGCCGGCCUGAUUUACAUUUUCAAGCUGUUUUUGCUCCGGUUUGGCAAGGCACAGCGAUGGGCCACUGCGGGUAAACUCAGGCCUUUUCUACAGUCUGGACGGCUGGUGCAUUUUCUGAGCCAGCGCAUGACGGCGGCUCGCUCUGCCAGCACGGCCGAUGGGCAGGUUGGAGUGGAUAUUGACGUGCAAACGGACGGUGACAUGACGGACGAGGCGCUGCACACCAUUGUUUGUCAGGGUACUGAACUCAACGUGAAAGAGAUUGGGACCGCCCUGGUACAGAUGCGCAACGAUAUGAAAGAGAUUUUAGACACCCACCUCUUGCUGGGAUCAGAUCUGCGAGAGCGACAUGCUCUCAAGUAUGUCCGGCUACGGUCGAAGGAGGAUCGGACCAACAGGGUCAAGAAUUGGUGGGUGGGCCAUGGCAGCCCAGCUGAGCGGGCCCUAUUGGAUCACAUUGGCCAGACUCCGAGCUUGCGGCAAGAAUUUAUCUGCACGGAGCUUGGCCCAGAAGGAGCUGAUGAAGAGCCGACCUUUCGAGAAGACCGCGUGCGGGAAUGGCUUUUAUUUGUGGGCAGGUUCAACCAGCUGGCGCUCACCUACACCCACAUGGCUGGAGAUAAGCAGCACACCUUCCGGUACAUGGACGAGGAAGUCAGCAGGCUGAUUUUCAUGUAUUUGCUCUUGUGCAAGCCUCUGGAGCAGAUGCUAACCAGCUGGCUGGAGAAGCGGGGCGCUCUUCAAAUCCCUCGCGAUGGUGGGCAUGGAACCUUCGACGAUGAUCAGGAAGAAGAGGAUCUAUUGGAGGACGAGCAGGAUGAAGACCACAUGAGCCACGACGAUGGCAUGACCUUGCAACGCGAGGUACAAGACGCUCAACACCACUAUAACAACAGCCACUUGCUCUUCAACAUUGCGCCUCUGCAGACCAUGCUCAGCCCAGCCUCUAUCUACGCUGCCUUUCGUCGACAAAUGGCCACCUACCUGCAUCAGCCUACGCUUGGAGUGGCAAAGUGGCGACACGCUGCUACCUUUUGGAUGACAACAUUUGUGACAAACCGGCUCUUUGCCGACCCCGCGAGCACUUUGGGUAGCCUGAUGCGCACCCAGGCACAGCCCUUGGGCAACAUGGCCAAAGACUUCUUUGCUACCGCAACAAGCUACCAAUUGCAAGCCAAAAUGUCAUCACGUCUGAUGCAUCAGCUGGCCUCACAAAGCUGGCAUGCCUUUUUGGGUCUUGACCGCAAGCGCAGCGUGGCCGAGCUCACAGCCGCCAAGGAAGCUUUGGAUGUUCGCCACCCCAUAAGCUGGAGCGUGUCACCAAAGCUUGAAGUAGGCGGGCGCGUCAUCAUGGAUACGCAAGCUGAGCAUGAUGUAGCCUACAUGACCCAACUGGCCCAGCAGGCACGCAUCUCGUGGGGCCACGGCUUUAAAAGCCAAGAACAAUUGGACCUGGCAGCGGCCAUUGACCAGCAUCGGGCCGAGGACGGCUGGCUGAUUGUCGUUGCACCGUCAGGCAUGGACAAGACGCUUUGUACCAUGCCCAAACUGGGUUGUCACCCGCAUGCCGGCACGGUGCUGUGGAUUGUGCCUUUUGCGACCUCGGCAGACGAUUUGUUGCGGCGUUUGCAGGCGGCUGGCCACAGUGCGCAAAGGUGGCUGGGCCCCUCGACGCCGGUAGCAGCUGGCCUGGACGUGCUUAUCAUCACGACUGGCAAGUUUGUUCGCACGGGGUCUGACGCCCUGCACGCACGUGCUUGCUUCCAGGGCAUCCGCACUGUGGUUAUGGACGAGGCGCACACGCUCAUCUCUGAUGCCAGCCACCGGAACAUGAUGGCUCAAGUCGGGGCCUGCGUGGCCUCUGGCGGAUGGACCAACAUAAAGCGCGUGGCUUUGACCGAUACUUUAUGCAUGUGCGACCAAGAGCGGCUUUUUCGACAGCUGGGUCAGCAAGCAGGGGGCAAACUGUACCGCCUGGAAACAAUGCAUCACAAUGUGGAGCUGCGUGUGCAUCAUGGCGACCAGCGGGCCUUCUUGUCGCACGCGCAAGGUCUUGUAGACAGACAGCGGAUGACGCGUCGGGAGAAUGAGGAGCGUGUGCACAUGAUGGUCUUUUGCGACACGGUGAGCGAGGUGAAGCUGUUGUGUGAUCAGCUGCACGCACGCGGCUAUGCAGCCUUGCCCUACUAUGCAGACUUGGAAGAGAUGGCGCAAAAGGACCAUCUGGCACGGUGGCAACAGAGUGAAUGCGACAUCAUUGUGGCCACCAGCUGUUUGAGCACGGACGUGGACCUGUUUACCGUCCGUCACGUGCUGUGGUAUGGCAGUGGCCAUGACGUCUAUACCCUGGUAAAGGCAUUUGGUCGGGCUGGCCGUGAUGGUAUGGGCGGAGCUGCCGAGCUGUGGCUGCCAGUCAGGUGCACCCCAGCACCGGGCAUCGAGGCCUUUGUCGAGGGCAGUGUGUGUCGAAGGUGGACGCUUGGCAAAAUGUUGGAUCCCCGCGCUGUUACAUGUCUUGCCACCGGCCAGGCUCUCUGUGACGUGUGCACGAACAUGGCACAGGAAGUGCAGCCAAGCAGCGUCUCACAGAGUCAACGUGUCGCUCAAUCGGGCGAGACUGCACUGGAACCAGUGAUGGCUGAUGCAUUGCCACGGCCAAGUGCUGAACGACUUGAUGCAGCCACCGCAGAGCUUAGGUCUGUGCCAGAUUCACCCACGGUGUCAGAUUCCGAGCUUCAGGCACAACGACAGGAAGAAGCUCGGGCGCAGCCAGGGCAGAGCAGUGACACUCGUCAAGCUCUAGCAUCCGGCGUGACGACAGCCUCUGAAGCAGGCUCGGCCAUGGGUGAUGCUUUGCCAAGACCACGUGCAGCGCGGCUUGACGAAGAGGCCGCAGAACCCAUCAUGUCCCUGCCAGCAACACCAACGGCAUCUGACUUUGAGCUUGAGUUUGAUUCCCUGACAGAACUUCAAGAAGAUGAUGUACCAUGUUCUUCCGUGCCAGGUUUGCGGGCCAAAACCACGUCAGGGGGUGAAAAUGUGCCUCGGCACGCAACAGAAGCUGCAGCUUCAAACGAGGCUAAGCAGACUUCCACGGCUUUAUUACCUCGUCUUGGAGCACCGCUGCAAUCUCUGCCAGUACCUUCGGCCUUGCCGAUGCGCUUGCCCGUGCCAUCUGCUCCCGAUGCCUUGUUACCACGGCCCCGAGCAAACGCGCCCUCGGCAGCGCUGCGGCUUACGCGUGUCCGGGCUCUGGCGGAACGCACAACUGCCCUAGCCUCACCCAUGGAGAGCUCCCCUGACGGUGACGGCCCUGUAGAUAUAGACCCUGCCGCAGAGGCCGAGACCACGCAGCACCCUUGCACUUUGUUGGGCAACCAAGGGUCUGGAAUAUCUGGCGCAAACCCUACGCGGCCUUCUGCCAAGCGUGUGGCAUCUGAUACAUUGCCCCCGGCUGCUUUAUCAUCGCGAAGCAGUGAGGCUGCGUCAAUGCCACGCCUGAGAUCAGACAAGCGAGCCAAGACGACGCGCUCGCGCCUGAUCCACAAGGCGGCGGCUGACAAGUUUCUGGAUGCGCUGAGAUUGAUGCAUGCCUAUUGCAUGCCAUGUACCAUUCGCCAGUCUCAAGCCGUCUGGAAAGCUCAACAUAUCUGUCCCGAAUCAGACGACACAUGCACCCGGUGCCAUCUCGCGGGGCACAGUGUCGAUGAGUGCAACAUUGAUUUUGAAUCUGCCACACGAGAAUGUUGCGCCAGAUGUGGCAUGCCAUCUAGGAUUGGCGGCCACCCCUUGAAGCAUCUGCCGGGCUGUGCACUCGAUAAAGGCCUUGGACGAGUCUUGAGCUCCAUCGUCCUCCUUGCCGACUGUCAUCCGCGGCUGCGCCACCUGGCCAAGCGGAUGGGAUACGACCUUCAGCCCGGGACGCUGCAGACGCGACAUUUUCGCGAAAGAUUUAUCGCAUGGCUGUACUCGGAAGACAAGCAUCUGCCGGCAGGCCACUGGCACCUUGUGGAGUUUGUGAUUGAAAGCGUUGAGAUUUUGAUCGGGGCAGCCGCGAGGGCUGUGAUAUGA